AUGAAGAGUAGGGUUAGAAGAACCUUUUCCCUAUUCUUCAUGCUUGCAGCACUUCUAGUGCCACUACUUCUUCAAGCUCUGGCCUCUCAUUCAAGAGCCAGUGCUACAGAAACCGGCACCCAUGGAUAUAAAGAACAUUGCAGUGGUGAAAAUGGUGAAGAGUUUAAAAUGGAGUACGAAACAAGUAGGAGGUUUCUUGCAGUGCAAAAAUUUCUAUCUCCAGGAGUUCUCAAGAGGGAUCUGCCGGUUUGUAAAGGUCCACGAGGAAAACCCUACGGCAUCAGUUGUCUCCCUCCACCAUCAAACCCUAGGUAUAGAGCCUGCUCCAAAAUCUACAGGUGCAGAGCUUGA